AAAAAAUAUUUCCGCAAUUUAGUUAUUUCAACUUGUUUUUUUGUGUAGAGAUAACUAGAUUGUCCAGACAACAAGAAAUUUUAAGUUUUCUUGUCCUCAACUAGACUGAAAGUUGAAUGAACAAGUAAAAUGGUUAUUUUAACUCAAAAAUGUAUGUUUAAACAACUGCAAUAGACUUUCUGUUGAAUUAACAAGUAUAAUUGUUAUUUUAAUUUAUAAAUGUAAGUUGAAACAACUGCACAAAAUUUUCUGCAGGUUUUACUUCAAUUCUAAUGCUUUAAUAGCAGUAAACUAAACAAUUUACUGUGUAAACUAAACUUAAUUUAUCUAUCUAUCUUGCUGUCUGGUAGAUUGCAUUGUCUUAAACCCUGAACUUCAAGCUUUUAAAACCGCUUUAAACAUAAAUCUUCAAACUUAACGACAUUAAAUCUAUUUCAAACUUUCUGCUCAGGUUUUCUCAAGCCAAUGUCAAUGGUUGUCUUGUAGUUAUCACUACUGUGGUAUAUAUAAAUUAAUUACAGUGUAUUUUAUUUUAGUGUGUACAUUAAAAAUAGUUGUUUACAAUUAUGAGCACAGAUUAAUUAAAUUACACCAAAAAUUUGUCAAGCUGCUUCAGUUUUUAUUCAUGGUCAGAUUCCAAUUCAUCAUGGGCGGAAUUGGGCGAUUCAUGAACAAUGAACCGCUCAAGAUGAUUCGCUGAAUCAUUUUUUUUCCUCUGAGAAUUUUCGAGAGAAGCCAGCGGAAACUGGAUGAUUUUCCAUGUUGGACAACACGUGUCUUCAGAAGAAAUUGAGUGAUACAGAGUUCAGUCAAGUUGAUUAAAAGCUGCUCGUUCACCAACUGGACCAAACCGGAUUUUUACCUCAGUCACUUCAUCAGAUGCAGAGCGCCAGAUAUAGGUUCAGUCAAGUUGAUUAAAAGCUGCUCGUUCACCAACUGGACCAAACCGGAUUUUUACCUCAGUCACUUCAUCAGAUGCAGAGCGCCAGAUAUAGGUUCAGUCAAGUUGAUUAAAAGCUGCUCGUUCACCAACUGGACCAAACCGGAUUUUUACCUCAGUCACUUCAUCAGAUGCAGAGCGCCAGAUAACGUAUAGGUUCAGUCAAGUUGAUUAAAAGCUGCUCGUUCACCAACUGGACCAAACCGGACUUUUACCUCAGUCACUUCAUCAGAUGCAGAGCGCCAGAUAUAGGUUCAGUCAAGUUGAUUAAAAGCUGCUCGUUCACCAACUGGACCAAACCGGAUUUUUACCUCAGUCACUUCAUCAGAUGCAGAGCGCCAGAUAUAGGUUCUGUCAAGUUGACUAAAAGCUUGUUCACCAACCAGAUUUUUUUUACCUCAGUCACUUCACUUCAUCUCAGUUGCAGAGCACCAGAUACAGGUAUGUUGGUGUUAAUGUGAAGAUGAAGUGGACUUGUAAGUACUGCAUUUUUGACAGUACAAAAAGAAAAAUUAUCAUUCAGCAUUACAAAUUAAAACAUGGACAUCAUGGGAGGACCUGUCCUUUGCCAUGUAUUUACCAAGAUUGUGUCUGCUCCUUUAGAACUCAGGCAACACUGAUAAGACAUUUGCAUACGCAUCAUGCAAAAUCUGUCGAUCACGUGAAUUCCCGGGUGAAGUGUAACCUCUGCAGUUUCUCAGAGGCCUGCAAUUUGAAGCAGUACUUCUCCCACCUGGGCAUUCACUUGAAAAACAAUGAAAAUGUCCAGUGCCCAUUUGAAGACUGCAGUUUUCAAACUUGUGUGUUCUCUACAUUUGCGGCUCACAGAAGUAAAAGACACCAUUCCCAAAAUACUGGACAUUUUAAAGCAGAGUUAAUUUCAUGUCAAAUCGAAGAGGUUGAGGAAAGGUUUGAACAUACAGAUAAUCAACCUGCGGACAGCCUACCAGCCGAAGGGUGUUGGCACCCAGUCCAGUCCAGUCCAUUGCAUUCCAAUCCAGAUCUUCCUGUUGAGGGCUUGAUUCAACAUAAGUUGGCUUCACUGUUUUUACGCAUGGAAGCCAUUUUACAUGUCUCAAAGACAGCCAUUCAAGAAAUAGUUGAAGAACUUGGAAGCAUUGGUAGUAAUGUUGGAGAGCUUGCUGAGAUGUCAGUUAAACAGGUCUUAAACAAACACAACUGUUCAUUGGAUUCCUCAGUUAUUGCUGCCAUUACCGAAACGGUCUUGGAAACAAAUCCUUUAGCCUUUUUGUCCAAAAGGGGUCCUCUUAGCUCUAUUUACAAAAGAACAACAUACUACAAAGAUAAUUUCACUGUGAUAGAACCUGUAGAAUACACUCUUGAUGCUUCUCGGAAAAACACAUUUGUUUAUGUACCAAUUUUAAAAGUUUUAACUGCGCUGUUGAAUCGAAGUGACGUCCUUGACAAGGUUUUACAGUCAGACCAAGCAGAUACAUGGAAACAUCCUGAAACAAUUAAAACAUUUAGGGAUGGGCUGUAUUUUAAGGACAACAAGAUCCUUUUUUCAGAUGAAUUGCGCAUAGCCCUUGGACUUUACAUUGACGAUUUUGAAGUGUGUAACCCUUUGGGCACUUCAAGGAAAAAGCACAAACUUUGUGCCAUUUACUGGUUAAUUGCAAAUCUUCCAGGAAGAGACCGGUCCACUUUAUCAUCCAUCUACCUUGCAACAUUAUGUAAGACCAAGGAUGUCAAAGAGUAUGGAUACGACAAAAUUCUUGAACCGCUUCUUUCAGACGUUGAAGUACUUGAACAACAUGGAGUGUUUGUUCAGACACUGGGUGCAAGUAUAAGAGGAACAAUACUCUAUGUGUCUGCAGACAAUUUAGGCGCACACUCGCUUGCUGGAUUUCAAGAAAGUUUUUCAACAAACAAGUUCUGCAGAUUUUGUUUGGCAGCACGUGAUGAGAUUCAGACACAUGAAGUUAGAGAGAGGAGGUUCCCAAAGAGAACGGAGGAGUUGCAUGAGCAGACUCUUUGUGAAAUUCAGAAGAACAAGGAUUCACACGCAGUAGUAGAUGGUGUUAAGAGGGACUGUCCUCUUAACAGACUUGCACAUUUCUCCACCAUGAAAGGCUUUCCCCCUGACUUUCUCCACGACGUCUUUGAAGGUGUUGUACCCCUGGAGCUAAGUCUUUGUUUGAAGAAACUGAUUCAGAAGAAAUAUUUCACAUUGGACGAGUUGAAUGCCGCAAUUCAGUCCUUCCCAUAUAGAUUUUCUGACAAAACAAACCGACCACAGCAGAUCUUAAAAUCAUUCCAACUGAAAGGUUCUUUAGGAGGCAACGGACAUGAAAACUGGAGCCUUCUGCGGUUAUUACCUUUGAUUAUUGGUUCAAAAGUUCCAGAAAAUGAUGCAACCUGGAGUUUAAUUCUUGAACUGAAGGACAUUGUUGAGAUUUUAGCCUCAUCUCAGUUUUCCACAGAGAGUUUGGACUACCUUGAUUCAAAAAUAUCAGAUCACCGGAAAUUGUUGCAAGACGAAUUUCCAGACUUCAGACUCCGUCCAAAGCACCAUUUUAUCGAGCACUAUCCAGAACUAAUCAAAUGUUUUGGACCAGUGAUUGAUUUCUGGACCAUACGAUUUGAAGCAAAACACAGCUUUUUUAAAAAAGCUGUGCAUGACUCUGGAAACUUUAAAAAUGUAAUGCUUACAUUAGCCCAGCGACAUCAGCUGACACUUGCUUACCACCUUGACAUGCCAACUCUUUUCAAGCCAUAUUUAGUGGUUGAUCAUGUUUCAGUUCUGUCCACUGAGUGCCUGGAUCUUUCAUUUAAGCUGGCAGUUAAAUCCAAAUAUUCCAAUGUUACAUCGAUAUCUGUUGCAUCCAGUGCAUGCAUAUAUGGCACCAGGUACUCUGAGGGAAUGUUUCUUUCUGUGGGAUACACCAGUGGGCUUCCAGACUUUGGCAGACUUGUCAAAAUAUUGAUUGUUAUGAACAAACCUGCCUUUCUCAUUGAACCGUAUUCAGCAUGGUACAGUGAGCAUUUCAGAUGCUUUGAACUAACUAAGUAUACCACUUGUGAGUUGAGAGUUGUUGAUCCAGAUGAAUUGAAUGAUUAUCAUCCCUUGUCCUCAUAUGCAGUGCUUGAUAAGAAGCUGAUGAUUUCACCGAAGACAUUCCUCCUUAACUAAAUGCAUUUACUGUUGCCUUUUCUUCUUAGAAACCUGCAACAAAAUGAUUCUUCGUGUGAUUUUGUCCCCUGAGGAUAUUAGGAAAGUUUACAUUGAUCGGCCACAAUCCAUAGAAUCUCUUCUGUCAACACUGAAAAGCAAGCUGAACAUACAAAGUGAUUUUACACUUCAGUAUGAGGA